CAAACGCGCCAGCGAAAACACCCUUUCACACAAACUUAAACACACAAAGGUUUUUAAUUUAAGUUCAUUAAGUUGGCUGCGGUCAGCUUAAAAUUGCUUACCAUUCAAAGCUGGCGUACACGAGAGAGUUGCACUUAUACACACACGCACAUAGUACACGCAGCAUAGCUUGCCGGCUGAGCCAUAACACUUGGGUAAACGGGCGCAGAAGAGGCAUAAAAUAGGAAAUUGGAAAAAAUACAAACUUAAGCACCUCUUGGCUCGCUACUUUUACAUACAUACUUAUAUGUACAUGGUAGUAUUACAUAGCAUUGCUCAAUUUAUUCAACGCUUCUUUCUUCGCUCUGCACCUUUACAGGUUCUUUGCGGUUUUUCUUUGCGCUUCAAUAAACUACUUGAAUAAUAAUAAAAAUGUUGCCGCUGUUAUAAGUUGCGAAAGUGUCAAACAAAAGCAGGAGCAUAAAUCAAACAAUUUGGAGGAGCGAGUGAUGGCAGUAACAGAAGGAAAAGGAAAAGGGAAGGCAAAAGCAGAACUUACAUAAAUGUAGAUCAAGAAGUAGCGGAAAUAAGCAGAAGCACUACAAAAACCGAAGUGAUUGUAUCGAAUGAGUGGAGGCGAAAAUAAAUGCAUUGCAAAAGCGCGUAAUUAAAAAUCAAAAGGCACAAACAAAGCUUUUAAAAGAGCUUUGAAAAAUAUUACUGGUCUUUGUAAAUACAGAAAGCAAACAAGUGAAAACCCGGAAAUGCUUUAUCAAACACGCAACGAUCUGCUUUUCAACAUUUCCAAAAGCACACUUUGCCAUAAGCAAAUGUAAUUAGCGUCAUUUUGAUAACUAUAAACUCAAAGACCCUUAAAAACGCAAAAAAAACAAGCAAAAAUUAUUGAAGUAAAAAUAACUGUGAUCAAAGUUUCCACUUGAAAACAAACAAAGCACUUCAUUCAACAACGCUAAUCAACACACUAUUGAUAACGUAAUUAAUAAAUACCAAUUAAACUACAAUAAAGCUCGACAAAAGUUAAAACAAAAGCUCAACAAAUCGCCAAAACGCUAAAUAAAGUCCAAAAAGCUUACUUAAAAGCUCUGAACGCUCACUAAUAUCUAACUGAAUGCUCGUAAAAAGCUCAACGAAGCUCACAUAAAACUCAAAAAGCUUCAAAGAAUCAAUAAAAUCUCCCAAACCAGCUAAAACUUAGUUUAAGCAAAACUUCAUAAGCGACAACAAUAAAAAUGCAACAAAUUAAGCCGCUGCUUGUCGUUUUCCUAUUCAUGGCGACCAAAUGUCCCAACUCAUCAUCACAAAACUUGCAUGUUUACACUUACAUUACAGAGCCGAACUCACAGCUCGAUCCUGAUCCGGAAUUUUUAGGCACCAUCAAUAAUGUUACAUAUCCAGCGGGGCGUGAAGCAAUACUGGCAUGUUCGGUGCGGAAUUUGGGUAAAAAUAAAGUCGGCUGGUUACGCGCCUCUGAUCAAACCGUACUCGCGCUCCAAGGUCGCGUUGUGACACACAAUGCUCGAAUCAGCGUUAUACAUGAGGAUUCACACACCUGGAAACUGAAGAUCAGCAAAUUACGCGAAAGUGAUCGUGGCUGUUAUAUGUGCCAAAUUAAUACGAGUCCUAUGAAAAAGCAAAUCGGUUGCAUAGAUGUGCAAGUUCCUCCUGACAUCAUCAACGAGGAGUCCUCAGCUGAUUUGGCUGUGCAAGAGGGCGAGGAUGCCACAUUGACCUGCAAGGCGACUGGCAAUCCAAUGCCGCGCGUCAUCUGGCGUCGCGAAGAUGGCGAAAUGAUUUUAAUACGCAAGACGGGAAGUCGUGAACUGAUGAAAGUGGAGUCCUAUAGUGGCUCAUCGCUGAAGUUGAUACGCUUGGAGCGGCGACAAAUGGGCGCAUAUCUGUGCAUUGCUUCAAAUGAUGUGCCACCAGCGGUUAGCAAAAGGGUUUCUCUCAGUGUGCAAUUUGCGCCCAUGGUACGGGCUCCUAGCCAAUUGCUGGGCACUCCACUCGGCUCGGAUGUACAACUGGAAUGUCAUGUAGAAGCUUCUCCCUCGCCUGUCUCCUAUUGGCUAAAGGGUGCGCGUACGUCCAGCGGUUUCGCUAGCAUCUCAAGUUCGAAUUUGGAAUCGGGCCAGCCAGGUCCGGAAAUGCUUUUGGAUGGGUAGGUAUUUGUUUGUUGCUUCUAGUAGCAAAUAUUUAACUAAUUUAGUUUGCAAUUAUAGAUAUAGUGUUCAUUUUAUGCCAGGAUG